CGAUGACGUCACUGGGCCGCGCCACGCGCGCUGGAGCGUACCUGCGACCCGCCUUCCGGAAGGAGGCCCCGGCAGCUGACCAUGGCGACUGCGACAGAGCAGUGGGUGCUGGUGGAGAUGGUACAGGCGCUCUAUGAGGCUCCUGCUUACCAUCUUAUCUUGGAAGGAAUUCUGAUACUCUGGAUAAUCAGACUUCUCUUCUCUAAAACUUAUAAAUUACAGGAACGAUCUGAUCUUACAGUCAAGGAAAAGGAAGAAUUGAUAGAAGAGUGGCAACCAGAACCUCUUGUUCCUCCUAUCUCAAAAGACCAUCCAGCUCUCAACUACAACAUUGUUUCAGGCCCUCCAAGCCACAACAUCAUAGUGAAUGGAAAAAAAUGUAUAAACUUUGCCUCAUUUAAUUUUCUUGGAUUGUUGGAUGACCCUAGGGUCAAGGCAGCAGCUUUGGCAUCUCUAAAGAAGUACGGUGUGGGGACUUGUGGACCUAGAGGGUUUUAUGGCACAUUUGAUGUGCACUUGGAUUUGGAAGACCGACUAGCAAAAUUUAUGAAGACAGAAGAAGCCAUUCUCUACUCAUAUGGAUUCGCCACCAUAGCCAGUGCUAUUCCUGCUUACUCUAAGAGAGGGGACAUUAUAUUUGUAGACAGAGCUGCCUGCUUUGCUAUACAGAAAGGAUUACAAGCAUCACGUAGUGACAUUAAGUUAUUUAAGCAUAAUGAUAUGGCUGACCUGGAGCAACUACUAAAAGAACAAGAGAUCGAAGAUCAAAAGAAUCCUCGCAAGGCUCGUGUAACUCGACGUUUUAUUGUAGUCGAAGGGUUAUACAUGAAUACUGGAACUAUUUGUCCUCUUCCAGAAUUGGUGAGGUUAAAAUACAAAUACAAAGCUAGGAUCUUCCUGGAGGAAAGUCUUUCAUUUGGAGUCCUGGGGGAGCAUGGCCGAGGAGUCACCGAACAUUUUGGAAUCAAUAUCGAUGAUAUUGAUCUUAUCAGUGCCAACAUGGAGAAUUCACUUGCUUCUAUUGGGGGUUUUUGCUGUGGCAGGUCUUUCGUAAUUGACCAUCAGCGACUUUCCGGUCAGGGAUACUGCUUUUCAGCUUCAUUACCUCCCCUGUUAGCUGCUGCUGCAAUUGAGGCCCUCAACAUCAUGGAAGAGAAUCCAGGUAUUUUUGCAGUGUUGAAGCAAAAGUGCAAACAAAUUCAUAAAGCUUUACAAGGCAUUUCUGGAUUAAAAGUGGUGGGGGAGGCAGUUUCUCCAGCAUUUCACCUGCAGCUAGCAGAGAGCACUGGAUCAAGAGAAGAGGAUGUUAAACUACUUCAGGAAAUUGUAAAUCAAUGCAUGAACAGAAGCAUCGCUUUAACUCAGGCACGUUACUUGGAAAAAGAAGAGAAGUGCCUCCCUCCUCCAAGGUUGGUGAAUAUUAAACAUUAGGGUUGUGGUCACAGUGGAACAAACAGAAGAAGAACUGGAGAAAGCUGCAUCCACAAUCAAGGAGGUGGCCCAGGCUGUCCUGCUAUAGUCUGUCUCAGGGCCUGGUGGUUGCCCUGCCACACAACAUGUAGACAGGCCUCGGUAUUGUUAGGAAUGAGCGAGCGUUUUACCUGCAUUGUUGCCAGAUGCUGUGGAUGUGGAUUCGGUGUGCGACCUUGAGAAAGAUGCUGGUUAUUUUUACAAAGAAAACACAUCUAAAAGCCCAGGAACUCUUUUUUUGUUUUUAUUUUGAUUUUUUUGUUUGUUUUUUGUAAUGAAAACUAAUGACAGCAUAUAACUGAUAUUUAAACCAUGCUAUUUAGUACUAUUUAAAUGUUUUAUUAUACGAGUAUUUUCUAUUCUUUUUUUUGUUUGUUUUCAUUAUUUAAAAAAUGGAGCUUCAGUUUAUCUUCUCUCCUUCUACUAGUGAAGAUUCUCUAAGCACUCCUUAAGAUUUCAUAGAAAAAUGUCUACAACAUUACAGCUUAGAGGAACACUUCAGCAUAGAUGACACAAAAUAUAUUCUUGAAGAUCUAAUUCAACCACAUCUUUUACAGUCUUCAUCGUGUGAAGCUCAAUGGUGGCUACUAUAUAACGGAACACUUUUUGUGCAAUUAUUAUAAACUUUAUAAUAUAUUUGAAUCCUGGAAAUUUUAUAUACACUAAAUAUUGAUUGCACACAAUUUCUAACAGCUAAUCUUAGCAUCCCUAACCAGAGACUUGUCAUUAUACUUCCUAUGUGAGCAAUAAUUUAAAUCAGAUACUAUCUUAUUUUAAUAUAAUUGACCUUUACAUUUAUUAUGUGUUGACCUCUACUCUGUUUUUAGGAAAGAGGGUUAUUGUGAUGAUCCCAAAUAUAAAUCAUGUCCUCGGUAUUUUAGAAUAUCUUCAGUAUAUUUCUCUUUUGUAUGGUGGGUUUGCCUAGGGACAUAUAACUAGGAUUUUUCUAAGCUAAGGAAAAGAAUUCUUUUCUUUUCAGCUUAUUAAUUCCAAAUAUCUAAAAAAUAAUGUAAAGCACUAUAAAUAAACAUUUUAAGCUGUACUUUAGCGGUUUUUUCUUUAGCAAAUCAUGUUAGGUGGUAUAAAUGUUUGUGAUAUGUGCCACAAGAUGUUGCAUAAAUAUUACACCAUUAUUCCUAUCGUAUUAAAGGUAAAGGAAGAAAAUUGUUUUUAAAAAUGUCAUUUUUAUAAUCUGUGUUCACCAUCUUUUUAAAUAACACAUUUUUUAAUGUUUGGUUUCGAUUUUGCUUGAGAUAUUUCAUAUACGUGCCUUGUGAUCGCUGCUGCUGCUUUAAAGGAUACAGUACUCUGGGAAUGAAUGUUUUAUUUUUAAUGAAAUAAAUCUACAUUCCUGAUAAUGA